UCCGUCCUCUUAUCCAUUUAUCCUGCGCCAUUCUCACAAGCUUCAAAUCCUUCGCCCAUGGCUUCGGCUCUCGGCCCCGCCGCCUCCGCUCCGUCCCGCAUCUCCGUCCCCAGCCGUGCCCAAACCCUAACCCUAGCCUCUCCCCCCUUCGUCUCUCUCCCCAAACCACGAUUGUUCUCGUGUCUCACAGACUCCUCUCCCCGCGCUUCUAUUCUCUCGCGAAAAUGGAAGCUCUUUGCUUCUUCCGAGGAGUCUACGCCGGCCCCUACGGAGGUUCAAAUGCCGGAGCCCGUUGAAGCCCAGAUCGAGGCCUCCACCGCCGGAGAGGCGGCGAAGGGCGAGGACGUGUUUGCGGUGGUUAUGAUUGGGUCGCGGCAAUACAUCGUGUUUCCUGGGCGGUAUAUUUAUACCCAGAGGUUGAAGGGCGCCAAUGUUAAUGAUAAGAUUAUAUUGAACAAAGUAUUACUCGUUGGAACUCGAACAAAGGCUUAUAUUGGCCAACCAGUUGUUACCAAUGCUGCCGUACAUGCGGUGGUUGAAGAACAGGGACUUGAUCCUAAAGUGAUAAUAUUCAAAUACAAGAAGAAGAAGAACUAUCGAAGGACAAUUGGCCAUCGACAGCCAAACACAAGGAUAAAGAUCACAGGGAUAACAGGAUAUCAAGAUUUCCCAGCUGAGACGAUGCCCGAGACAAUUCCCGCUUAGAUGAAUUGCAAAGUUUUUUCUUUUAUGAGCUGAUGCCCUUUGAAGCAAUAUCACCUACUGUUAGUUUACAAAUGUUUUUCAAGUUUUAUUCAUUUAUCAUUUGCCUUCCUGUUCUUUUGUAGACAAAAUCGACAUCCUUUAAGCAAUGAGAAUUUCCAGUUUCAUUCCUA